AUGGCUACACAAGAGUUCGUAUUUGAGGUGCAUUAUGGAGGUCAUAUAGAUAGGAGGUUCAUGAAUUCAUAUGUUGGGGGAGAUGUUGAUGUGUACAAGACGGAUGUCAUUCCACAUGAUAGGGUGUCAUUUUCAGUUGUAGAGGAUAUUGCUAAAAGAUAUGGGUACAAAUCCGGGGACUUGAUUUAUUACUUACUGCCAGGGUGUACUCUUCGAAAUGGGUUGAAAUUAAUCACAUCAAACUUUGAUGUAAAUGAAAUGGUUCAAGCCCACUUGGGUCUACCAAUUGUUGAGUUGUACAUCAACUCAUUUAAUGCCUCCAUACCUGACAUUGAUGAGGGUAAUGAUGAAGAUGAUAAUGAUAAUGACGAUGAUGAUGAUGAGAGGGGGUAUUCUAGGAUCGAGCGUGACGAUCCAUAUUGGGAAGAGGUAAAUGAACCGGAUCUGUUUGUGGAUAAUGAUGAUGUUCAUGAUGAUGUUCCUGGGCCAUCUAUGGGGAGGGGGGGCGAAGAGAGCGAUGAAAGUGAUGAGGGUGAAGAGGAAGGUGAUGAAGAGGAAGGUGAUGAAGACGAAGGUAGGGGAGUCGACCAUACUAACAGUGGAUUUGAUUAUGAUGAAGAUGCAAACUCAGACAUGCCACGCAGUAACAUUCUUACAUCUCCUCCCAGAAGUGAUGAUGAGUAUGAGGUGACCUCCCAGAGGAGACAUGUGACAGAGCCUUCUGAGUUCCAAAUGGCUGACAUGGGUAACACAGAGUUUGUGGUGGGUCAAAAAUUUUCGUCAAUCCAGGUUUUCAGAAAUGCAGUUAGAGAGACUAAUGUAAACAUGGGGAAGGAUGUAAAGUUUAGGAGGAAUUACCUUGCGAAAUGUAUAGUGGUAUGCAGUGAUACGCGUUGCAAAUAUAGGAUUUAUGGGCGCAAGUGCAAGGAUGAGGAAUCCUUUGAAGUUCGAUCAGUUCAGUCCGUACACAAAUGUAGGAGGAAACACAGUAAUUCUAUUUUGAAAUCGUCUUGGAUUGCAGAUAAGUUGAUUGAGAAGUUCAGAGCACAACCCAACAUGCCUGUAAAGGCAAUGGUAGAGACAGUGAAAGAAAGAUGGGGUGUAGAUGUGAAGGAGCAUAGGUUGUAUCGGGCUCGAAGACUUGCAAAAGACAAGAUACGUGGCAGUGUGAACGACCAGUACAAGAAGUUGUGGGACUUUUGUGAGACAAUCAGGAGAACAAAUAUUGGCAGUUGCGUAAUGAUGAAAAUAGAGAGGCCAUUACCUGAUAAGCCCGCAAAAUUUCAAAGGUUGUACUUCUCCUUAGCCGCCAUGAAAAGCGGUUUUCUUGCUGGUUGUAGGCCCAUCAUUGGGUUGGAUGGGUGCUUCUUGAAAGGUCCGCAUAAGGGCCAACUUUUGGCUGCCAUUUCGAGGGAUGCAAAUAAUCAGAUGUAUCCAGUGGCUUGUGCAGUGGUAGAAGCAGAAGUCAAAGACAGUUGGACUUGGUUUUUAGAGACUUUGCUAUCGGAUCUUGGCGCCCCCCCUGCAGAGGGAUGGACAUUUAUUUCUGAUCGUCAGAAGGGUCUGGUCCCGAGUUUGGAAGUGGUGGCUCCCGGUGCUGAGCAUCGGAUUUGUUGUAGACAUUUGUAUGCAAACUACAGAGAUGUAGGUCACAGAGGUUUGGCAUUGAAGGAGAAGCUCUGGAGCGCGGCUGCCGCUUACACAGAGGCUGAGUGGUUUAUACAAAUGGACGAACUAAAGCGGAUAAGUCCGGAUGCGUAUGAUUACCUGUCCAAGAUUGACCCAAGUACGUGGACAAGGGCUUGGUUCAGUACCUUCCCUAAGUGCGAUUUAGUUGUGAACAACCUCUCAGAAUGUUUCAAUGCUUGGAUUGUGAAACAACGUGAUCUACCAAUAAUAUCGUUGAUGGAAAUGUUGAGAAUAAAAUUGAUGAAGAGAUACCAAAAAAAGCGAGAAGGCAUUACAAAAAUGGAUGGCAGGAUUUGUCCAAAAAUUUUGGAACGGUUAGAUGAACUCUCACAAGAUGCUUCUCAUUGCAAUUGCGUGUAUGCUGGGGAUGGGUUUUUUGAAGUGACAGACAAACAGAAACAACAUGUGGUUAACUUGGUUAGAAGAACAUGUGGGUGUAGACAAUGGGACAUGACGGGAAUCCCAUGUGCACACGCAAUAUGUGCAAUAUGGAAAGAUAGUGCAGACCCUGUUGACUAUGUUUCUUAUUGGUAUACUGUGGAUAUGCUGAAAAAGGCAUAUGAACAUGUCGUGUAUCCCAUGCCUAGUGAAGAACAGUGGACUAAGACAAAUGGCGUGCAUGUAGACCCACCAGUGAUUAGAAUACAACCUGGAAGGCCGAGAGUAGUGAGGACCAGAGGACCAGAGGAGCCCAAAAAUCAAUACAGGAUAAGGAAGGGUGGGUUACUAUGAGAUGUUCCAGAUGUA